AUGAGAAAGGAGUACUGUGACAGUCCAGACCACCCGCAUCAAGAUAUUGUCCGCUUUGAGUUCACCGGGUUCAAGCCCAAUGCCCUCCUAGACCCUCACGGUUUUGUUUCAGCCAGUCCCACUGGCAAAAGGCCUUUUGAAGGGAAAGUCCGAGGAAUAAGGAAUAAUAUCAAAGAAAGCCAUGACGUGAUUGACUUAACCAAGUCUGAUUUCGUAUCAUUGCUGUCAGGUGAAGAUGAUGACUUUGAUUGUGUUGACAUUUAUAAGCAACCAGCCCUUAAUCAUCCUUUACUCAAGGAUCACGAAAUUCAGUUAUUUCCAAAUUUCUCAAAAAAUCCGAUAGCAAGUAGUGAAUCAUCUAAGGGUGAAUCUACUCAUAAAGUUUAUAUCCAUAGUAAAGGUUGUCCAUCCGGUAUGGUACCUAUUGAGAGGACUAAAGCAAAAUACGGUCACCAAAUUUCACAGCAAUUCCCUCGUCUACAUUUUGCAACAUUGAAUACGAAACCCAAUACAGCAGUCCAUGGAGCACGAGCAACCAUGAACACAUGGAAUCCUAGUGUAACAAGUGGCCAAUUUAGCAUGGGUGUAAUUAGGAUUCAAAGUGGACCCCCUGCUCAACUUAAUAUUAUACAAGCUGGAUGGGCAGUACAUUCAGAUCUGUAUGGUGAUCAUAAGACACAUUUCACUAUACGAUGGACAGUAGAUGGAUUUAAAAGGACCGGUUGUUACAAUGCGCGAUGUCCAGGUUUUGUGCAAGUGCACCCUACAGUUAGACCAGGUCUACCGUUUGCAGGAACUUCUGUCUUUGGAGCAGAACAGCAUAUUAUUGACGUUCAAAUUAUACAGGAUCGGAGUGGCAAUUGGUGGUUGAUAUCAGAGGGCAAUAUAUACGUGGGAUAUUGGCCCAAUAAGAUAUUCACUCACUUAGCACAGGGUGUUUCAGAAAUUAGCUUCGGUGGAAUGACAGCAUCUUCUCCAGGUGGACAAAGUCCUCCAAUGGGGGCUGGCACUUUGCCUUCAGCAAAUUACAAAAAAACUGGUUUUUUUGAGGAUAUCAAAAUUGCAGGUUCUAACGGACUAGUCGAUUUAAGCAAUUAUAAAACGUAUAUAUUUGUCAGCGAUAACUCUUGUUAUAAUAUUAUCGACUUUGGAAAUCAACAUAAAGAUUUAGGAAACACCUUUGCCUAUGGUGGACAUGGUGGAUUUAAAUGUUUGUAA